CUCUCUUCUUCUCUUUUCUUCCUCCCUUCUCUUCAUCACACCUAGCCCAUUGAGAACCACUGAAUGGAGAGAAACCGAGAUUGGAGUGCACCGGAGAGACCAUGAAUGAGAGAGAUCCAGCCAUGUGAAGGAGAAUAAAAAUGUUCUCAGCGCAGGGUCUGUCAGAGGACAGAAGCGGAGCAGAACGAACUACAGGCAAAGAUCAUGGACCGAACUGUCAUUACUGAGCGGAACGUGGUCCGUGCUGACAUCAUGGUGCCUCUGCUGAGUAGUAUCCAUGAGACUAUCCAGCAUUAUCAGUGGACCUACCUCUACACUUGGGCCUGCGUUGUCCUCACCAGGCUAGUCAGGCUAUUCUAUGCCAACCUGGAGGUGGCUGAAGAUGAUGUACGUGGGACGGUACUGCAGUCCACUGUUGAUGGACACAUCAUUACUGUUGAUCCCCAGAUCAUCUGUCAGUUUAUCAGGGUACCAGUUCUCGAUCUGCUUGCCAGUCUGUUCAACGAGGUGGUGCUUCCUCCCUCUAUGGACGAGCUCCGAGAGUUUUUCCAUAUGGUUCCACAGGGUGAGGGGCGUCAGACUUCCAUUAAGAUUGGUGCUCUAGGUCCAGCCCAUCGUAUGUUGGCCAAAAUUGUUCAGCACAAUCUGUGGCCAGUUACUAGGCGCAGUGAUCUGAUAUUGAAGAAGGCCCAGUUUGUCUAUGCUGUUCACGUUCGCUUGCCUUUCUGUCUCUGCAAGCAUAUUCUGGGAGUCAUGCUCGAGGCUCGUGAUGAGGGCACUGCCGAUCUUCCUUUUGGCUGCCUCCUCACUCAGAUCAUCCUCCAGUCUGGAAUCAAUAUUGAUGGAGAGCCUCGGAUGUUGAUCAAGCAGCCCUUCAGCAAACAGACGUUGAUGAAGUCCAAUGCGCAGCUACGAAGAGAUGAGUCCGAUGAUGAUAUGCCUGCUGCGGUGCAUGUUGCUUUUCCGGACGUGGCUUCUUCCUCUCAUACCGUACCGCCAUCUGAGCCGGAGGUAAAUUUUUCUCAGGUCAUGGAGGCCUUAACUGCUAUUCAGGGAGGGAUGACCACCAUGCAGCAAUCUAUCUUCUCCAUGCAGCUGGAAAUGCGGUCCAUUGGCAAGAGGGUGGAGCAGACCCAUCUGGACCUUCAGGAGUGCCUCCAAGUCCAUCACCCAGAUAGCAGUGAUGAUGAGGCUGCUGCACCAAAGGCUGCACAUCGGACUCCCAGAGCUACACCUAUGACAGUGGAUGUUUGAUUCCCUCGUGCUUUUUU